AUGCCAGAAGAUAAUCGUCCCGUGACAAAACAAAACAGACGUCGUAUCAGAGUUUUCAAGCUCCGACACACGAUACAAUUUGGACGUCUGUCUUUGCCAUUUAUUCUUCGCCUGACGUUAGAUAUUGUGAUCAUGGCAGCUGAAUGUAAGGCCUGGCUCAACGCAAACCCCGUUGAGACUGCUGACCUGAGUGACUCUGGAGAAGAGGACAAUGGGGGAUUAUCAAACAAAAAUAUCAAUGAAGUCAACGGCAACUGGAUUUCCUCAUCAAGCAACAGCAUCCAUGAGGCCCGUGUCAAGGCCAAAGCCAAGAGGAAGCUGCGGAAGAACUCCUCCCGGGACUCUGGCAGAGGAGACUCCCUCAGUGACAAUGGGGACGUCAGCAGAACCAACAGCACCCCUGCAAGUCCCAAAAACAAACUCUUGGACAGAAAGUCCAGACUGGGCAAGGGCAGAGGACUACCAAAGAAAGGUGGAGCUGGUGGCAAAGGAGUAUGGGGCAGAUCUGGGGAGGUGUAUGAGCCCACCAAGGUGGAUGAGAAAGAUCCCAACUAUGAUGAAGCUCAGGAAAACUGUGUGUAUGAGACUGUAGUACCUCCGCUGGAUGAGAGGGACUUUGAAAAGACUCUUACACCCAUAGUGCAAGAGUACUUUGAACACGGAGACACAAAUGAAGUAGUUGAGCUGCUGGCGGACAUGAACCUUGGCCCCAUGCGUAGUGAGGUGCCCCCAUUGGCUGUGGCACUGGCUCUGGAGUCUAAAGCCAGUCACAGGGAGCUUGCGUCUCGCCUACUGGCUGACCUUUGCGGGCCCGUGCUCACACACAGCGAUAUGGAGAGCAGCUUCGACAGACUGCUGCUGGAACUCCCUGACCUGGUCCUGGACACGCCCGGGGCCUCUCAGCUGGUGGGCCAAUUCAUCGCACGCGCUGUCCAUGACAAAAUACUGUGUAGGAACUAUAUUGAUGGCUACAAAGGCAAGGUUGACUGUGAAUACACAAGGGCAGCACUCGAUAGAGCUGCUGUAUUGCUGAAGAUGAGUAAAGGUGGUCUCCGACUCGACAGUCAGUGGGGGACUGGAGGGGGACAGAGGCCAGUUGUGCAGCUCAUCAGAGAGAUGAACCUUCUUCUGAAAGAGUACAUUCUCUCUGGAGACAUGAAAGAGGCUGAAAAAUGUCUGCAGGAACUUGAGGUUCCACAUUUCCAUCAUGAGUUUGUUUAUGAGGCAAUUGUUAUGGUGCUGGAAUCAAGAGGAGAGAAGACACUGCAUAUGAUACUUAGUCUGCUCAAGUCUCUCUGUGAAUCUACCAUCAUAACCGUGGACCAGCUCAGAAGGGGCUAUGAAAGAGUUUACUCGGACAUAUCGGAAAUAAACAUAGACGCUCCACGUGCACACUUCAUCUUGGAGCAGUUUGUUGAUAAAAGCUUGAGUUUAGGGAUAAUUAAUGACAGAUUAAAAGAUCUUUGUCCAUGUCGAGGCAGAAAGAGGUUCAUCAGUGAGGGAGAUGGAGGAGUUAUUAAACUUGAAAGCUGCUGA